AUGCCUGAGCCUAACCCUGACUUUAAGCCUAACCCUGAGCUUGAGCUUAACCCUAAGCCUGAGCCUGAGCCUGAGCCUGAGCCUGAUCCUGAGCCUGAGCCUGAGCCUGAGCCUGAGCCUGAGCCUGAGCCUGAGCCUGAGUCUGAGCCUGAGCCUGAGCCUGAACCUGAGCAUGAGCAUGAGCAACAGCUUGUGCCUAAGCUUGAAGGCGAGCCUGAGCCUAAGCCUGAGCUUGAGCCUGUGCCUGAGCCUGAAACUAAGCCUGAGCCUGAACCUAAGCCUGAGCUUUAG